AUUGAGGUCAAUCUUGAUGUCGUCGAAUAUCUUCCCCGUUUGUCCAAGCAACCGAAUUUCAAACACUAUUCGGGGUACUUAAGCGGAGCGACACCGAAUAUUCAAUUGCAUUACUGGUUUAUGGAAUCCGCUAAUGAUCCGGAAAAGGAUCCACUGGGUUUGCUCGAUGAAAACGGACCAUUUAAUGUGAAGAAACGCUAUGAGCUCACACUGACGAAGAAGAGCAAGACGGAAGCUAUCGGGUGCAUCCACGACGCUGGUGGCAACGUCACACUCACUAUCUUGGGAAAAGCUUCCGCACUACCACGUCAUUUCGAAUCGUCGUACACUGUGGACUCGGGGAUUACCCAGCAGGCACACAGUAAAACGACAGAGUGCCCCAUGGAUAAAAUCCGCAUCGGGCCACAGGAAGUCGAAAAAACUAUUGAAUCGCUAUAUGGGAACAAAUCCGCAGGGUCCGGCGACAUUCACUCAACGAUCCUAGAAUCAGUGAAGAGUAUCUUAGCACGCUUAUUAGCCAGCCUAUCGGCCAAGUCACUUGAGACAGCUACCCUCCCUAGUGACUGGAAAGCGGCCAUAGCCACACCCAUCUAUAAAGGGGUGUGUGUGGCAGAGAUGCCGCCUCGAACUAUAGACCAGUGA